CAUUUUUAUUUAUAUAGAUUGCUGUUGGCUAAAACUUGAAACUGAGAAGAGUUACUUAUAGGAGCUGCUUCUUUCAAAAUACUCCAACCAGGAGAAAAUAACAAUUUUUCAACCUGGACAGGAGAUUCUGAAGGUGCAGUUGCCCAAAGGUAACUUGUCUAAUGUUUCCAAAACAAAAACCCAGCCUACUUUCUACAAGGGAAUGGGAAAUGCAGCUUUAGAGGAAAACUAUGUGGGACGAUCCAGGGAUUUCUGCCCAGCGAGCCAUGAUGAAACCUUUUACUGACUUUCCAUUGGUUCAAACGCCAAAGAGAACUAUCAGUUUGCAACGUGAUCAGCUGAGAUCCUGAGCAAAAGUUUGUCUUCUCUGGAAAAGGUGUUGGACAGAAUGAAAUCUGAAGUCUUCUGCUAUCUUCUCCUCAUCCUGCUUGUGGCAGAGUUGCUGCCUGGUUCACUGUCUGGAAACAACCCUCGCUAUGAGAAGUUUCUGAAUCAACACCGCGAUGAUCCGAGGAGCAGUUUCCAUGGCCGCUACUGCAACACCCUCAUGGGCAGCCGAGGCCUGACCAAGCCUGAAUGCAAGGAAGUUAAUACCUUUAUCCAUGGCUCCAAAAGGCAGAUUCGUGCAGUGUGUGCUGAAGGUGGAGUGGCCUUGAGAGAUCUGCGGCGUAGCCGGAGGCCCUUCCGGGUCACCACUUGUACCCUCCGGGGAGGUUCAACUCACCCACCUUGCGAGUACAAAGAGAACACCUCUCCUCGGUACAUCAUCAUUGGUUGUGAAGAAGGCUGGCCUGUUCACUAUGACGAAAGCCAGAUUGUGACCACAGCGUGACCAAGCAAGGAGACCAAGCAGUGAAAUGUCUAGACAGCAUUGCUCUUCCUCUUCACGUCUAGUUCACUUAUACUCCAAUGAAAAUAUAGCCUAAGUAGACAUUUACAGUCAGCCCUCUGUACCUACUGAUUCUCAAACAAUCAUCUACAGCAGUGUUUCUCAACCUGGGGGUCAGGAGGGUGUGAGGGGGUGUCAGAGGGAUCACCAUCGGAAAACACAGUAUUUUCAGUUGGCCAUGGGGUUUCUGUGUGGGAAGUUUGGCCCAAUUCUAUGGUUGGUGGGGUUCAGAAUGCUCUUUGAUUAUAAGUGAACUAUAAAUCCCAGCAACUACAACUCUCAAAUAUCAAGGUCUAUUUUCCCCAAACUCCACCAAUGUUCACAUUUUGACAUAUUUAGUAUUCAUGCCAAGUUUGAUACAGAUCCAUUAUUGUUUGAGUCCACAAUACUCUUUGGAUGUAGGUGAACUACAACUCCAAAACUCAAGAUCAAUGCCCACCAAACCCUUCCAGUACUUUCUGUUGGUCAUGGGAGUUCUCUGUGCUAGGAUUGGUUCAAUU